AUGACAACCAAACAGGUCGUCGCUCGUCUCGGCGGUGUGUUCCCCCUUGACGACGCCCUGCUGGUGGCACUCCCUCCUAGGCGAACCGAGUCCUCCAAGGUCAUCCACAGCGUCAAGCGCGACUUCAUUCCAACCCUCAUUGGAUUCGGCAAGUUCGGAACGGCUACGAUGGGCCAAGACCAAGACUGCGCCGCGGCCCCAGAGGCCAUGAUACACAACCUCUACGACGACAUCCAGAGAGGCCGCAUCGAUCCCGGCAAUCCCUACUUCCCUUAUGCUCUUGCAGUGCUGCGCGACGAAAGCAGCCAGCGUAUGCUGAAGCCGAUUGCGCAGAGCAUGGUGGACCAGAUCAUGGAGGCCGGCCAGCUCACCCAUACCUGGCAAACAAAGGGCAGCUUGAACGUAGGCGGCAUGGAAUCCUUGAGGGAGCGAGCGUUCAACGUACUCGAUGGUGCUCGCAGAGGGCGUCUGUGGAUUACCGGGAUCGCCGACCAAGUUUUGCGCCGCACAGCGGUUCCAAUACGGCAUCUGGUCAUGAUACAAGGCUUCCAGCGUAAUGCGUGA